AUGGGGGUGCUCGCAGUGGUGGCAAUUUUCGACGACUUCAUGGCACAAACCGUAGUUAUGACGCACCAGGCGCACUGGGGCGAGCGACAGCUUGCCACUAUGUUUGCGCAUGUAGUGCCAGUACCAGGCCUUGCUCCAGGACAGGUGUGCUGCCCUGGCAGGCAAGUGGCUGCUGUGGCUGCUUCUAGAACGACAGCGCCGCCCCACUUGCAUCUGUCCUUGCUGGCGGCGCCGGCGGCAUUUCCCUGGAUGUCCUUGCAGGGAUGGCCGGACACCAGCGAUGCAGGGGAGAUUGCAACAUUCCGGGUGCAUGGGGCUGGUGGAGAGUUAGGGGUUGGGGUUUGCAGGUUUGAGGUCUAG